AGAAGAAACCGCUGCCUAAACUCCGAAUUUUACGAACGAAACAAGUUUCCUUUUGUUUCUUAUUUUUAAUUUACGUGUCAUAAUGUUAAAUAAGAAAAGAAGUUAGUGUGUUGUUGUAUUGUGUGACUGAAAGUGCAAUCAAGUGUUGGAGGGAUCGCUUUGCAAUAUAAAUUAGCAAGAAUACUAUUGCUCCAUCAGCACAAAGUCGUAUGGGCACGGAUGGCGGGUGGCGGCUGGCGGCGGUCCGCGGGGCGCGUGCGCACCCUGCGCGUGCUGCUGCGCGACACCACGCGUGCGCUGCAAGAUGUGCAGGAUAUACUGCCUUGCGAUGCGGAGGUAUCCGAAACAGUGGAAAAGCUCGGAGUACAAUCCUCCCGGCCAACCGCUCUAGUGAUCCUGGGAACUAGCCAACGGGCCAGGGCUCGCCUGCUGCACUGCGUCCUGGGGAGGAGACUGCUCCCGGAAAACUUGCCUAGAGGGUGUCGAUGGUUACGUAUUCAAUACGGUUCCAGUACGCAAGUGCAUCUAACCCUCGGUACUUCGGAAUUCGAGCUGGUGGAAGACCUGGAGUGUAAUCGGGAGCCAUGGGAUACCUUGCCUCUUCAGGAUCUCCUCCGUAAAGACAGCAACGACCUAACAACAGUAUUAGAAGUGGAACUCAAUAAUUCCUUCCUAAAAGACGGUCUUCGCAUCAUCAUACCACCAGACAUCGAUUCAGACCCCGGUCUACUCAACUAUCAGACUCUUAGAGAAAAUUAUUCCGAUUUCUACCAGAAAAGAGAAGCAAUACUUAGAAAUUAUGCCCCCAUAUACUUAUAUGCUUUGGAUAGAUAUGGCAAUAAUAUAAUAUUUAAUGAGACAGUUAAUAAAAUGGCGGUGUCUCGAAGCGAUGAAGAUUUCUGGACCACUUUCAGUUUAUAUAAUGUUGAAAAGACUGAAAAUGAUAAAGAGAAAAAAGUGGAAAAUACCGAAAGUGUAUGGAACGCAGAGUCGUCUGUUUUUAAUGCUGAGAAUCUCCUAGACUUCCACCAAAUAAAGGAGAUCGAUCCAAACGCGCAACUCUUGUUCGUUCUCUUCUUUGACUCAUCUCUCUCUUAUCGAGAAGAGUUAGGAGAAGUUAGCGAGUGCACGGAGUCCGCUAGAGACGGGAGUGAGCUGCCGGAGUCGGAUAGAGAUCUGUUGAGAGGUGGUAUCAGGCACACGCAAGAAACAUCGGCUCAAACGGAUGUGCGUGCGCAGGAAGAGAAGAUCGCGUUCAUGAACGAGCUGCUCGAUCAGUGGGAGUUUAUAUCGAACCCGCCGCCGAAACAUCACGUAAGAUCAACUUGGCUGAUACUAGACGAUAGCGACAUAUUGAAAAACAUAGACAAAUCGAACACAGAGACUGAGAAACGAAAGAAAGAGCCCGCCAAUCGAACUGUCAAGAGUCGUACUGUGUUAUUGAGCAAUGUGCUGAAGUUCGCUACGGAGUGUGCGCAGAGCUCUCUGUUGACGCAGUGCUCUGUGUUGAGCGAGAUCCACGUAAAACUGCUACAGCGUUUGAUUCUCGCGUCGUUCGAUCUUGCGAGGGAAUUACAAGUGAUCCCCAAAAAGAUACAAUACGUUGCAAGACAGGAGCAACACUUGUAUGAGACGAUAACCGAGAAAUUCACAGAGGGAGAGAAGAAACAGGAAUUGAUACAGUUACUCCAAGAAGUGUUGGAUGAAAUGAAAACAGACAUUCAGAACAUGGACUGGAGUGUGGAUGAUCUCCCCUGCCACCAAGACAAGCAAUUCCUAAUAUCGAACUCCACUUUCUAUUCCCCGCGUGACUCGCCCAUAAUACAACUUAACCGUUUUAAACCCAAAGAAACCGGUCAUAAAUCAAGUCAAAAGGACUACGAUAUAACGGACUCGAGUCAGCAAAGUGAAGAAUUGUCGGACGUGGAAGAGGCGCUGUCGUACGACAGUUUUAACGUCGACGACUACGAUAUCGUGCCGUCGCACGAUGAAAGUUUUGCGGGUAGUCAGAGUUAUGGGUUACAGAGCAUAGUAGGCGAUUCGUUCGGCACUCGCUGCCAAUCUUCAAACACGUGGAGUUUGUCCGGUUGUUCCGCUCCUCUGUCUACUAAACACGCAUCGCUAGAUGUACAGAGGACAGUUCUCUCAAAACUUAGCCACAAGAUAAGUUUGAAGCUAGUCAAUUUCGUCGAUUGUCUGAAGGAUGCAUAUUUCGGUACAUUAGAAAGGUGCCUGCAGUCGCUGGAGGGCACGUGCGCGGAGGCGUGCGGGCAGUCGGCGAGCGCGGCUGCGCGGGCGCUGGCGGGCGCGGCGCGGGCGGUGGACCUGCAGCCCGCCGCGUCCUACUCGCUGCUGCGCGGCCUGCUCGACUCGCUGCAGAGGCUGCUGCACAGGCUGCGCGUGCCGGGCGGUGGGUCUAUGGGCGCGUGCUGCGCGCUGAGCGCGGCGUGGCGGCGGCAGGCGGCGCUCGGCGCGCUCGCCUCGCUCAGCGCGCACCGCACCGCGCGCAUGCUCUCCCACCAGAUCCUAGAGCGUCUAAGCGUAGCUCACGAGCGCUAUCAGUCAGCGCUCGCGUCGCUCGAAAGCGCUUUGUCGAAUCGAUUGCAUCACACGGAAGACGUUAAGUUGGCGAUAAGAAAGAAAUACGCACCAUCGUUCGCUCGUCUAUGUUUAGAAAGUACGUCGAUGUGCGACCUGCUCAUGUACGGAACUCCAGAUUUGGGCCGUGAGAUUGGUCGCGGGCAGUACGGCGUGGUGUACGCGGUGCGCGGCGCGUGGGCGGGGCACAGCCCGGUCGCCGCCAAGUCCGUGCUGCCCGCAGACACAAGGCACUACCACGAGCUGGCCAUGGAGUUCUUUUACACCAGGAGCAUCCCCCCGCACCCGCGCAUAGUGCGCCUGCUGGGCUCGUUGGUGCAGCGCAGUGGUGGGGGUGGGGGCGGGGGCGGGGGCGAGGGGGUGAGCGUGGUGCUGGUGUCGGAGCGGUGGGCGCGCGACCUGCACGCGGCCGUGCGCGCCGGCCUCGCGCACGCGCAGCGCAUGCGCAUCGCCUGCGAUGUCGUCGACGGCCUGCGCUACCUCCACUCCCUCGGCCUAGUCCACCGGGACGUAAAGCUAAAGAACGUAGUAGUGGACGCAUCGGGUCGGGCCGCACUAGCGGACCUGGGGUUCUGUGCGGCCGGCGCGUUAGUGUGCGGCUCGCUGGUCGGCACGCCGCUGCACAUGGCGCCCGAGCUGCUGGCCGGCAGGUAUCAUGCGGCUGUUGAUGUGUAUGCGUUGGGGGUGCUGCUGUGGUAUCUGUGUGCUGGUACCGUUAAACUACCCGCAGCAUUUGAAUCAUUCCAGAAUAAAGAACAAUUGUGGAGUAAAGUGAAAAAAGGGCUCCGCCCGGAGCGUUUGCCCCAAUUCUCGGACGAGUGUUGGGACAUAAUGCAGUCGUGUUGGGCCACGGACCCCAGCCAAAGGGCCCUACUGGGGGACAUACAGCCGAGGCUCGAGAAGGUCCUGAGGGACGCGGAGAGGGAGGGGAACCAGAACCUCACGUACAAUAGCGAGGGGGAGGAGGAUAGCUUGAAUAUGACUGGGUUGGAUGGGUAG